GUACCGCGCCAUGUGUUUUUCUUUAAUCAUUCCUUUCAUUUUUUUCGCGGAAACUUUAUUUCCAUGCGACUUUUGUUAUUGAUUUACAAUUAAUAAGUUUAUAGAAGCUUUUUGAUUGAAUAAUUAAAAUGUUUGUGGGAAUCAAUGAAGUGGAGCGUAUUUUGACGCGCUUAUUAGAGCCGGAUAAUGAAGUUAUAACGCAGGCCACUAAUGAAUUAACAUUGGCUUUAAAAAAUCCUCAAACAUACGUCACUUUAUGCACAGUGAUAAGUUCUAGUAAAAAUGACCGACUAAAGGAAUAUGCAGCUCUUGUAUUAAGAAAAAAAUUUGCCAAACGUAAUGUAUGGAUGAAUUUGUCGCUAGAACUUCGUGAACAAAUAAAGCAAUUUUUGCUUAAAGCCACUAUUGAUGAACCUAGUUUCGAAGUUAAAAAGCAUAUUCUUCAACUGGUUGCUGUGUUGGCUAAGCAUGAACAGAUGAGAGGUGAAUGGAGAGAGUUAUUUUGUUUUAUUGAGGCAUUUAUCGAGAGCAGCAUUGUUAAUGAAAGAGAGUUUGGUUCAUUUAUAAUAAAAAAUUUAACUGAUUACAUUCCUCAAAUGUUUGAGUCUCGUAUAACACAAUAUGUCAAUUAUUUUAUUAUAAUGCUGACCGGUACUGAAGAUUGUACUUCCACUGUUGUUUAUAAUACUAUUUCUUCAAUGAAUAAUAUUUUAGAAUUAGCUAUUCAAGUUCCACAGAUUGCUCAAGCAUAUUCUGAAGCUGUACCUCGUGUGUUAGAAGCCAUACUUGCUUUGUCAACAACAAAUCCUGAACAUGCUUGUGAUUGUUAUGAAUUUCUUGGGUCAAUGUGCGAAUUUUCUAUUCAGGCAUUAAUUCCACAUUUAAAACCAAUUGUUCAAGUGUCUGCACAAUUGGCUGGUAACAAAAAUAUAGACGAAACUUUAAGAUGUAAUGGUAUCAAUUUAAUAUCCACUAUUAUCCGUAGUAAGAAGAAGGUUUUAGUAAAAUUGAAUUUAUUGAAUCCUGUAAUUGAAUUAAUGUUCAAUAUUUUAAGUGAAGAAACUGACGAUGACACUUGGUUCUUAGAAGAGUAUGCUUUAAGCCCAAUGAGUGCUGCGGGUGAUUGCAUGGCAGCAAUUGCUGAUGAAUUGUCUGCUUCCACUUUUAUGCCAAUAAUGAUAAAAUUGAUUGAUGCAGCAUAUACUACUCAAGACCCUAAUGCACUCAAAGCAUCUUAUACAACAAUGGCUUUUGUAUCAGAUGGAUGUUCGGAAUACCUGAAAAAAAGUUAUCUGAAACAGUUUGUAACAGCCAUUAAAAUGGGAUUAAAUAGUUCGAAUGAAACAGUUAAAUCUGCAGCUAUGUAUGCUUUAGGAGAAGUUUCUCAAUAUGUUCAACCUCAAGUUAGUACGUAUGCCGCAGAAAUACUACCAGAGCUAAUGAAAAUGUUUAAAGAAAAGUUAAUUAUUGAAUAUACUAAGCCAGAAUGUAGUUCUGAAGUCCGUAUGAUUUUUUUUGCACUUGAUAAAUUUAUUGAUAGCAUGGAAAGUGGAGUAGACGAAUAUUUACCAGAAAUGACUAGUAUUGUAAUGGAUAUCAUAAAAAAUGAAGAGUGUUGUAUUGAACUUAAAGACAAAGCAAUUACUAUCAUGUGUAGCAUCGUUAAGUCUGGAGGUGAUGCUACAGCCCCUUACUUUAUCCCAGUCAUGGAAAUUCUUGAAGCUUAUUUAAAACCCGGAAUAGAUGAAAAAUUGGAAACUUUACAGAUUAUGGUCAUUCAAUUACUAUCUGAAUUUGCGGUAGCUCUUGAUCCAAAAGUAUUUGAACCUUAUUUGGAUAUUAGUUUAAAAUGUGGUUUGGCUUUAUUGCAAGAAGCAAAGGAGGACCAACCUGAGGUCCGAGCAGUAUGUUAUGGGCUUUUUAGUUCUAUAGCUAGAGUAUCUAUUAAUCAUUUGAUACCAUAUAUUGAUCUUGUAAUGCAACAUGUUUUGAAAAGUUUGGACAAUAGCUUAAUUGCUGAUAAUAGUUUUAACCUGGAGAAAAAAAAAUAUAAUGCUUAUAGUAGCGAUGAUGAUGAAGAUGAUAAAGAUGAAUCUUUAACAACGGAAGACGAUGGCAGUAACGAUGCUAAUAGUGAUGAUUUUGUUUAUGUUGAUGCACAUGUAAUGGAAGAAAAAGAUAAUGCUUGUCAAACAAUUGCUCAAAUUGCUCAAAGCACUGGAGAUCAAUUUCUUCCCUAUUUAAAUAAUAGCUUUGAUGUAGUAUCAAAGUUAUUACAAGAAGAUGAUGAAGACACAAUUGAUUCUGUACUUGAAUUAUAUGGACAAAUUUGUAUAUAUUUUUCAAAGUUACCUGAUAAUUGUGGGCAAGAAUCUUUAGAAAAAGCUUUGGAAAAUUAUUUGAAAUAUGGAGAGAAAAAAAUACAAGAAGAUGGAUUUCCUGCUUUAGACUCAAUAUACCUAGAUGUAUUAGCUGAUAUGUUGAAAGAAAUCAAAACUAAAAUGAUUAAAUAUGCUGAACCAAUUAUGGUACUUGCUAAAUCUAUAUUAGCAUUAAAAAUUGGUGAUGUAAAUAAUCCCGGUGAGUUGGAUGAACUAGAUAGUGAAAACGAUACAUUACCUAUAGAAUAUGCAGGCAAUGUUGUUUCAAAUUUAAGUUAUGUUCUUCCACCACAAGUUUUUACAGAGUAUUUUAUUUCGUUGGUGCCCUUGUUGAAAAAAUUAAUGUCAAAAGAAUCAUCUGAUUUAUUACGAGCUGCUGGAUUAGCUAUAACUGGGGAAUCUGUAAAAGGCUUAGGAGAAAAUGCUGGUGGUUUGUGUGAAGUUAUGUUUUCACUUGUAAUACCACUUGUUGAAGAUGAAGAUGAUACUGUGAGGAAUAAUGCUGUAUUUGCAUUAGGAGAAAUUGCAUUUUAUGGCAAAGAAUCUGUUUACAAGUAUUAUCCAAUAAUAUUAAAUACAUUUUCUCAAGUGGUUACUAAAGAACAACGAUCAAAAGUAUUAGACAACAUUUAUGGAGCAUUAGCACGUAUGAUAAUCACUAACAUUGAAGGAAUUCCUCUCGACCAUGUGGUACCUGUUAUGAUCAACUAUCUUCCAUUACACGAAGACUUUGUUGAAAACUUAACAGUGUUUAAAUGUUUGGUAUAUUUAUAUGAAAUUGGCAACCAGUAUAUGGUUUCCAUGCUAGAACCCGUGAUUAAAGCAUCACUGGCUACAUUGAAUGAUAAAAGAAAAUAUUAUGAAGAUGAUGUGAAAGAAGAGAUUAUUAAACUUUUGCGUAUGUACAAGAGAGACUUUCCAGAAAAAUGCUUGUCAUUGACACUUCCUGAAGAUUUAUCCAAAUUAUUUAAUGAAACAUAAUUGUAAUAAAAAGUACAAUGCGAUUGUUAUUGAUCCAAUAUUAUUUUGCUUUGAAUUAAAAAUAGUUUGAAUAUCAAC